GUCACUUUUUGUCUCCAUGCCUCUCAUCCAUAUAUAUAAAUUUGGCUUUCUUUUAUGCAUUAAGAUCAUAUGAAAAAGACCUCUAAACCCACCUCAUCACAUCCUUUUAAUAACAAUCACAAGCAUACUACAGUACCUAUCAAGAUUCAUCUCAACAACACCUUUCUCUUCCUCUCCUCCACCACCACCAUGCAUCAAAUCAUAUCAUCAUUCAACUACUCCUAUCUUCCCUUUCCAUAAAGAAAAACCAUCUUUUUCUCUCUGAAAAUUCAUUCAAUGGUGGCACCAAAUCACAAAAACACACAAGAUCAUGAAAACCAACAAGGUUCUUCAUCAGAAACCAAGAUAACAGAUCAACAAAAAGUUGUAAUAAAAUGUCCAAGAUGUGAUUCUCCAAACACAAAAUUCUGUUACUACAACAACUACAGUCUCACUCAACCAAGACAUUUCUGCAAAACAUGCAGAAGAUAUUGGACAAAUGGUGGAUCGUUGCGUAACGUUCCGAUUGGUGGUGGUUGUAGAAAGAAACAAAAACUCAAACACUCAUCUACACCAUCUCAAGCCAUUAAUAAGUACUCUACUUCACCUUCUCUUGAUUUUCAUCUUGGUUCUUUACCCUUACCUUUAUCCUUACCUUUCUCUUCAAAACCAUUUUACUAUAACCAAUUCUCUUCCAUUGGUGGAGUUUCAAGUUCAAACACUUGUGUUUCUACUACAAGUGCUUCAAGUUUUCACCUUGAUCCAAAUGGUUUAAAUUUAUAUCCUUUCUCUUCUUCAAAUGGAGGUGGAUUUAUUAAUGGUGGAAAUGAAAAUGCAGCAAUUCAAGGAAUGAACUUUAUGAAUGUGAGUACUAGUGCUAAUAACACUAAUUGCACUAGUCUUGCUUCUAGUAUUGAAUCAUUGAGUUGUAGGAACCAAGAUUUGCAUUUGAAGCUUCAGCAGCAAAGAUUAGCAACCUUGUUUGAAGAUAAUAACAGGAAAGAGAGUGGAACUGUUUUGCUUUCUCAGGUUAGCAUUGAAAAGCCUCAACCUAUUUUGUUUCAGAAUCUUGAGAUUUCAAAGGCUGAGAUGUUUCAAGUUGGUGGUGGUGGUGAUUCAAGAAAGGAAGGUGCAAGUGAAUGGUUCUUUGGUAUGAAUUCUUAUUCAUCUGUGAUGGCUCCUACAACAACUACUGAUCUUAGUGUUUGCAUUAAUGGUGAUCAUGAUCCAAAUGGAAACAACAACUGGAUUAAUAAUGGUGUUCAUGCUUGGGGUGAUGUGCAGCAGCAGCAACCAUAUACUGCUUUGCCCUAAAGAGGAUUGGUUAAGUCUAUGUCCGGAAGAGCGGUGAGUUUAACAAAAUUACAGCGGUGUAUCGUGAUUCUGUUAAAGUUUUAAAGUGUAGCAUUUGUCAAAUCAGAAUGGUUCACCGUGAUUCUGACAAUCCGAGGAAGAAGUUUAUUUAAUCUUGGGAGGAAAAGUGAAGAAUGAAGGAAUUAAAUGCAAGGGAAUAGUACUAUAUAAUUGUCCAAAUCUAAAUUAAAACAUCUUUUUAUGAGUCUGUCUUGUUUAUUUAUUAUGUUCAAAAUCAACAUAUGUAUGUAAUAGAAGGGUCAUUUUUUUUUUUUUUGAACAAGUAGAAGGGUCAUUUUAUAUCAUAUCAUUUUGUUGAAAAA